AUGCCUAUCCGCGUCAAGUCCAAGAAGCUGCCCAAGUCCCGGGACCUGAGCCCCGUGUCCAUGCACUUCGACACCUUGGAGCUGCCCGACAUCGACACGGACGACAACUUUCGAGAUGUAGUCAAGAAGCUCUCCGUAUACUUCGUCGAUGUCAUUGUGCUGCCGAGCACCUUUGAGCAGCUGCGCACGACUGCGGCCGGUGAGCCGUUGCGAGUCUUGGUUGACCACCUCAACGCCACUUGCACCAAUCCUGCCAUUGUGAACGCGCUCCUCGCUCUCAAAUGGCACUAUGCCGUUGACGAGUCCGAAUCCAACAAGGGUCUCUGCGAAGCCCGCGCCAAUGCCUGCGAGAUCGUCGCCUGGCGAUUCCUCACUCGCCUGUCGGAGCGUGAGGCUGUCGACUUCUGCCUCUAUGAGAUUCCCGACCCCAAGCAGCCGCCCACGCCGCCGCCAAACGCCGAUCUAGAGAGCAAUGAAAACUCUCCUCUGCUGUCUGGUGGCAGCUGGUCCAACCAAGGCAGCCGCCGCGCCUCCAUCCGCCCCGGAAGCAGCGCCAAGCGCUAUCAGCUCUUGUCGUCUCUUUCCAGGCUCACAAUGAGCAUGCAUGCUGACCAGGAAGAGGAGGACGACGACGACCCGACGUCGCCCUUCACCAACCUCAACGCCCUCGAGAUCGCGGCCGUCGCCGACGCCAAGCGCUUCCUCAGCCAGCACGUCGUGCAGAAGAUCGUCACGGGCAUCUGGAACGGCGACAUCAUCUUCUGGGACAGCCUCUCCGUCCAUGCCGAGAAGAAGCCUCGCUUCUACAAUGCCCACACGACUGACGUCUUCUCGCGCCUGAGGGUCCCCAAGUACCUCAAAGCCUGGGAGGCCUUCUUCUUCUUCAUCUUCCUGUGCCUAUACUACUCCGUCCUUGUCGAGCAGAACACUGAACGCAUCACCCACAACGAGAUCAUCCUGUACAUCUGGCUGGCUGCUUUCCUGUACGAUGAGCUCAGCGAAUGGGCCGAUGCCGGAACCAUCUUCUAUGCGACCGACGUCUGGAAUCUUUUCGACAUGAUCAUGAUAGGCAUCGGUAUCGCCUUUGCCGUUCUCAGGGUCAUUGGCAUCGCCAACCACGACAUGAAGAUAACCGACACCGCCUUCAAUGUCUUCGCGCUCGAGGCCCUCUUCAUGGUCCCGCGUGUGUUCUCCCUCCUCAGCUUGUCGCCCUACUGGGGCACCCUGAUUCCGUGUCUCAAGGAGAUGGGCAAGGACUUUGUCAAGUUCAUGGUUCUCGUCGUCAUCAUCUAUCUCGGCUUCCUCACGACCUUCUCCCUCAUCGGCCAAGAGUCGUACAACUUUGGCCACAUGACCAUGAUCCUCACAAAGAUCUUCUUCGGCUCCUCGUACGUCGGCAUCGAGAUCAUGGACGACAUCGACAAGGUCUUUGGCCCCCCUCUCAUGAUCAUCUUCAUCAUCCUCUCCUCCUUCCUGCUGAUGGGUUCCCUGACGGGUAUGCUGUCCAACUCCUUCUCCCGCGUCAUCACCCACGCCCGCGAGGAGUAUCUCUACGUGUACAGCGUCUACGUGCUCGAGGCCUCGACUAGCAACCGACUCACGCACUUCUACCCGCCCUUCAACCUCAUCGCCCUCGUCAUCUUUAGGCCUCUGCGCCUCUUCCUCCCCUCCGACGACAAGUUCCGUCACAGCCGCAUCCUUCUCCUCAAGGCUACCCACCUCCCCAUCGUCGGCAUCAUCCAGCUGUACGAGAAUAUCCGCCGCCGUGUGAUGCCCGACGAGUACGCCGGCUUCAAGGGGCCGCGCGGCGCGACGGGCGCUACGAAGCAGCGCUUGCGGGGCGCCUUCCAGGCCAACCGCCCGUCUUCCGGGUACCGCCCCGGGAGGUCUCCUCGCCCCGAGGAGCGUCACAGCUCGCACCCCUCGUCGCGUCCUCAGACCCGUGCUGCAGAGGCCGACGAGAUUGACGCGCCUUCCGCUGUCGAGGUGCGCAUCUCGGAGCUCAACGACAAGAUUGACAAGCUCACUGCGCUUGUCGAGGCUCUCCAACAGCAGCCGGGGUCGUCCCCGUCCCCGUCAUCCUCCUCUUAA